ACAUGAUAUCUUCUUCUCUCCCGUAUGAUGUGCUUAUUAUGUCACUGUAUAUUGUUAAAGUGGCAACAAACUCUUUAUUUUAACUUUUACCUACAGUCAGGGGCGGAUUGACAACUCAUGGGGCCCCCGGGCAAUAGGGAAUCAUGUGGCCCCUGUGUCCUUGCCCAAACUCAAAAAAGCCUAUGAAAAAGGUACCGGGGGAAUCUCAUGGGGCCCCCCUACUGACCCCGGGCCCCCGGGCAGUGCCCGAGUUUCCAAAUGGUCAGUCCGCCUCU